AUGACCGACACCAACACCGACGAAGACGACCUCGAAAUGGAGCGCCUGGCGUCCAACAACCCAGCCAUGACGGUCCCGGCGAGCCAGAUCAUCUCUCGAUCCGGAGUCGAACGCAUGCGGUCGCACGGCAGCAACACAUUCACCUCAUCUGACCCGGCAGGCGACAAUGAGACGGUUAUCAAAAGAACGUCGUCCCAGUCUCCACCCGUGGCAUCACCACAUGGAGGCCAUGGGCAGCCCUCGAAAUACGAAGUAGGCUGGCGCCGAGUGGUGCGCAAUUUCUCACCAUCGUGGUUCUCGGUGACGAUGGGCACGGGGGUGGUGUCACUCCUGCUAAUCACGAUCCCUUACAAGGCGGACUGGCUGUACUGGCUGGCGGUGGUUUUCUUCGUGCUGAACAGCGUCCUGUUCUCGCUGGCGCUGGCCACCUCCAUCCUGCGGUACACCUUGUAUCCGGAGAUUUGGGGGGUCAUGAUCGCCGACUCGACCAACUCCUUGUUUCUGGGCACUAUCCCCAUGGGAUUCGCGACGCUCCUGGAGUCCUGGAUUUUUCUGUGUUGUCCGUAUUGGGGCUAUUGGGCCGUGACGGUCGCCUGGGUAUGCUGGAUGAUCGAUGCCGUUGUUGCCGCCGCGGUUUCGGUGUCGUUGCCGUUCCUGCUCAUGUCGCAGUCCUACCAGCAAUCCUUGGACAGGAUCACUGCAGCGCAGCUGCUGCCUAUUGCCGCAACGAUCGUGGCUGCGGGAGCUGGCAGCGAAGUGGCCGAGAUCCUCGACAACCCGAACCACGCCCUGGGCACUCUACUAGCAUCCUAUGUGAUGUGGGGGAUGGCGACCCCAUUGGCAUUGAGCAUUCUGGUCAUCUACUACCAGCGCCUGGCGCUACACAAACUGCCGCCGCGCGAAGUCGUGGUGUCUUCAUUCCUCCCUCUCGGCCCGCUGGGCAUGGGAGGCUAUACCAUCAUGUACCUCGGCCGGGUGGCACGGGAGGUGUUCCCGCGCGUCGAGUUCUUUCACAACCUGUCUGUGGCGGGCGACGUCGUCUACGUCAUGGGCGUCUUCGUCGCCCUCAUCAUGUGGGGGUUCGGCCUGUGCUGGCUCGUCUUCGCGCUUGCCACCAUCUAUCUGACCAACCCGUUCCCCUUCAACAUGGGUUGGUGGGGGUUCACCUUCCCGCUGGGCGUGUAUGCCAUCAGCACCAUGACCUUCGGCGUCGAGAUGCCCAGCGCUUUCUUCAAGAUCCUCGGCACCAUCUUGGCUGUUGCCGUCAUGUUGCUUUGGUGCGUCGUCGCCGCCGCCACCGCAAAGGGUGCUUGGUCCGGCAGAUUGUUCUAUGCGCCUUGCCUGAAGAAUCUGAAGAAGGAACACAGUCAACCCGAGCCAGCUUCGCCGGAUAAAGAAAAACUACCGGAGAUUUAA